UGAUUAAGUAUGUAGAUAGAAUGACCUAAUAAAUCUUAAAAGACUUUUGAAGGAUGGUGUAACAUAAAUUUUAACAUUUCAAAAAUUUCUACCAAUUACUCUUGCUUUCUAUAAUGGAUACUACGGACUCAGCAAACAACAAUUUUACAUCAAACACCACAGGAAAUGGACAUCCACGAAGUAGAUUGGAAAUGAUGAGAAAACAAUUUGUAAGCAAACAGGCAGGACGUACCAGUCAACCUCACCAUAGUGCUAGACCGAAAACUGGCAUUCCAGUACAAAGUUCCAGCAGUCCAGAGAAGAAACACCAUCCACCGAGACAUAUUGCUCCUCCAUCAGCGAGAAAUUUAUUGAACAGCGUGAUUGGUAAAGAAAUGAGAUCUGGAAACUCUAGACGCCAGGAGCAUAACUCAUCAGACAAUACUGGAACAAGUGUGGCAGAAUCAAAUAAUGAUGCCAAGGCUGCAGAAAAAGAUCAAGAUGAAAACGCUUCUGUUCCUCCCACAUUGCGGUUAGAACAGCACAUUGAGGAAUCCGAUAUCAGAGAGAAAUUGAAAAAACAACACAUUAGGCGGCCUAUCCAUCGUGGGGCUAUGACAUACAGAGUGAGAGAUCAUGUAAAACCACCACCUUCUAAUGACACUGAAAAUGAAAAUAUACUCAACCAAAUAAGAGGAAAGGGGCCUAUGGUCGUUAAAAACAAUGUUAGCGUGACCGACGUUGGUGAGACGGAAAAGGAAACCAAUAGAAGUCAUGUUGUACACCAGACACGAAAUUUGAGAUCAGGUUCCCCCAAAGUUGGACAAAAUCGGAAUUUGGCUUCUGGUAAUGGACGUGCGAGCCCAAAAGCAAAGAGAAUACCUAGUCCUGUCAAUCGAGGACAGAUCAGAGGUCGGAAUCCAUCACCGAAAGGUCGCAACCCUUCACCUCUCAACAGACCGCCAUCUCCAAAUACUGAUGGAAUAUCUCCAUAUACUCCUGAAGACACUGCCAAAAAGGUCUCUCGGGUAAUGAAAGCUCGACUGUAUCUGCUACAGCAAAACGGACCAAACUCGUUCAGGAUAGGUGGAGACUCACCUGAACACAAAUUCCGCGUAAUCGUUGGUCCUCAGUCUUGUAGUUGUGGAAGAACUUUCUGUGUUCAUGUGUUAUUCGUGAUGUUACGUGUAUUCAAACUUGAUGCAGGUAGCCCUUUGCUAUGGAGGAAGAAACUGAAAAAUUUUGAGGUGGAAACCUUAUUUCGUGAUUAUCACGAGCGAUGUAAAUCAAGAAUUUCUCCCAAAAGGAAAUCAAGAGUAAAGAGAAUGGUUUCACAAAUAUCACAUGGAAACCAACAACAAGAUACCUCUAGUAACAGUGACGAUCAUUCCUCUAAAGGCGAAGAAGAAAAUUGUCCAAUAUGUUUAUUACAAAUGAUUGAUGAUGAACCUAUAACAGUAUGUGAAGUCGGAUGUCGGAAUAAAUUACACACACAUUGUGUAGAUAUAUGGGCAGAGGAAUGCCGAAGAAAUGGAGAUUCAUUAAAAUGUCCUUUGUGUAGGGUGGUUUGGAAACCAGCAGAAACAGCACGAAGACCAUUUUUGGUUGAAAUUCCAAGAGAAUAUGAAGAUACGGCGGACUCUUGGGUUCGGGCAUUUGGUUGGGAGUUGGUUUCCUGCCUUUUCUCAGCUCAUCCGAAUAUUCGAGAGAAUGGUCUUCGAAGAUUAUCACAUGAUAUCACAGGAGCUUUACUUACUUCACAACCAGCUGACAUUCCAGAUGAUAAUUCAGAAGAUUCUGACAGAUCUUCACCAAGGGGUGCAACUGCAGAUCCAGAGUCCUCUGCUCUUUCGUUGAAUUCAAGUCUGUCAGCAUGCUGUUCCAUUCUUGCUAUGGUUUGUGCAGAUCCAGAGUACAGGGUUUAUGUAACUGCUUUGAGAACACUUCGAGCAAUGCUGGCAUACACACAAUGUCAAUCGACAGCUGAUGUGAAAGCUUUCCAGAAAAUUCUAUCUCCUGUCAUCGAAACUAUUCUUCUGAAAUGUGCAGAUAGCAGUCGACGUGCUUUACAAUUAUCUGUCAGCACUAUCAUGGAACUUUGCAAAGGACAAUCAGGGGAACUCGCAGUCGGAAAGGAAAUAGCAACAGAAUCCUUCACAGUUGGAGAUGUAGACCUCAUCAUCACUUUUCUAGAAUCUGGACGAUCUCCUGAUUCUUCUUCAUGGCAGUGGAUGUUAGGAAGGUUGAACGUUCUUAAUGAGUUAUUUAAAGAAUUCAAACAUGAAUUUAUACUUUCGGGGGAGCCAGGUAACACAGAUGCAGAAAGUGAAGGAUUCAUAUCAGCCAAAUUAUCGAAAGUAACCAAGUUCACAGCAGAUUGCCUGAGAAUUUCCAAGCAUCAAAAUGUGGUUAAAAUGGCUCACAAAGUUUUUGUUCAGGCUGUAAAUUUUGGAAGCAGAGAUUCUGUCUUUAUGACGACUUGUAUGCACUUGUUGCAAAAUCUUGACUAUCCAAGGCUGAAGAAAAGGGUUGCGCAAUUUUUACCAAGUGAUAAUGCUGUCGUCGCAGAAUGGGAAAGCUUAUCAGGUUCGUGUGAUGAUUCUGACAUGAAAGAACAAUUAGUGCCUGUGAGCAUCAAGAGUCCAGUUCUGGAUUCAAAUCCAUCUGUUGGUGAAAUUGGUUUGGCUUCAUCAAGUUUAGCAAGGUUUCCAUCAUUUACAGUUUCUAGUCAGCGUGCCACCUUUCCACCUGCGCAUUUGGCUGAAGCUACAAUGCAUAUUGCUUCAUCACCUCCUCUACCUGAUGGUGGAGAUUUCGAGGAAGAAUUGAACCAUGCUCACCAGGAAGCAAUGUAUCUUGGAAGAUCUUGUGCCCACCCCCCAACACCCCCUCCAUCUUCUGAUGAUACAACCAAUUUGGCAGAUGCAAUUCAAGUCAGUUUGUUUCGUCCCAUACAUUGCUUUAGUCCACAUGAAGAAAACAAUGGACCACCAUUCAAUGAGCCUAGGCAACCUGUUUUAGAUGGUAGAACUAGGAAUCCCGUCCAGUCGAUGCAUAUGCAGAAUGACGAAGAAGAGGAAUCAAUGUUCCCACCACCUUUACCAGUCAAGGAAAGGAGACUUGCAGCAGAACAGUCCAAAUCUGCCCCUGUAACUCCAGCUUCCCCUGAUCGUUCUGUGAUGCCAGAAUCUAGAAGACAACGUCCUACCCUACUGAGACUCAGAUCCGAAACAUCCGCAUUCAGACAAACAAAAGGAUUCUCAAGUGCCUCAAAGAAAAGUGUAACCCCAGAUUCUGAAACGAGCCUGUCAUCUCCAUCUUGCAGGGAAAGAAGCAGCAGUCGAGAGUCUGACUCUUCUGCUUCACAAGAUUGCUUAAUGAAAAGCGCUGACCGUCGUAUGAGCGUAAAAGAACUUGCAGAGAACAUAAACAGAAAACAAGGCCGUCCACAUGCUCCAAAUAUAAAGAAAGAAACACCAACUCGCGGUGGAUUCAUGUCGCCUCAAAAUAAGACAAAUGUUUAUCAAAUGCUCGAUAGAGGUGAUGCUACUGCUAAUUUACAAGAUUCGCCGACCAAACAACCGCCUCUAAGAAACAUUUCUGAACCAGAACCACCUGAUCUAUCUGCUCAAUAUAACACUGGAAAUAUUGCUAAGAAGCCACUUAUGCUUGCAGCAAAGUAUGAAAGCCAUCCGAUCAGCCGAAACAUAGCAAGGCGUGGUACAAUGGAAAGGUAUAAAGAGAAAAAACGUUUGGAAGGUCUUACCAACCCACCCCAGACAUUGCAUGAAGUUAGGACACCAGAUUCUGAUUAUGCAGACACGCACGAGCCUUUAUCGGGCAAAACAAAUCCUCCCCUCAAUUUGUAUAGUCGGUCAACAGAAUCUUCUCCGAGCAGAGGUAGGCCAAUGCGUGGAAUUCUGAAAAAUGGACCACCGGAUGUAGUGAAAAAGCCUGUUCCACCACCUUGUCCAGCUCAGCGACAAAAGUCAAGUAACACUGAUAGCGGUCGAGCAUCAACUAGCUCAGCGGAUUAUUUAUCCGAAGAUAAGGAUUUAACUAACUCUGCUUCUAGCCCAUGUAAGAGUGCCGACGAAUUUACAUCAGUAUUUGCGAAUCCAAAUGAUGACCAAGUAGUGCCUAAGUCUUCUCAUGACGAUGCCUUAUCACCGACGACAUCUCAAUAUCCAGUUAUUCCACCGAGACCACAAACAGAAUCAGAGUCCGAUUCUGAUUAUGUUGGGUCUGAAAAAAGAUUCGGUAAUGCCAGAGAUUCUCUCAUUGACCACCACGAGUCUUUUGCAAUUGGAACAUCAUGUGCUACUUCAAACCGUCCCAUGAGACCAAAGCAAUUGAAAAGAAAUGCUAAAUCUCCAACAAGAGAAGCAGCAAGGCAUAGGGAUCCAGUUUUGUCACCAACGACUUCGAGAUCGGCUGUUAAACAUGUUACAGAAUCAGUCCAAUCAAGGGAUGGGAAGGAAUCAUUAUUUUAUAUCAGGACGGCCAGACAAGAUGAAGAUAGGCCGGGAACGAGUCGACAUAGAAAACUUCCGCCAUUACCAACGGACGAUGCAUGCUCUACACACCCACCACUGACUGAGAAUCAAAAUACACCAUGCAGAGAGGGGCUUUCUCUUGAAGAUCCAGAAUCGGAUACAUCACAGGCAGAGAAAAAUCAAGUUACAUUCCAGACUGAAAUAGGUGACGGUAUCACUCCUGGAGAAGAGAUUAACAACACUGCUGAUUUCAGUUCAAUUGUGGGCAGUGAUUAUGCAUCAGAUAUCAAUUAUGCAUGUUCUUGCCAAGCCCAAAUUGCAGAAGAAGAAAGCAAGUUGUUUGCAAGGGCUCUUGCUGUCAGUUAUGUUCAAGAUGCACUACCAACCAUUCCACACUUAAGUUACACAGAAUAUGACACAGAAAUUAUAAGGACACAGGAUGAGAAUACAGAUCUUUCUCAGGAAUACCGAAUGAAUCAACACUGGGUCAAAGGUCAUCAAAUUGGACUUGGAGCUUUGUCUUCAUGCUUCCAAGCUAGAGAUGUUUUCACUGGAACGCUCAUGGCUGUCAAGCAAGUAAAUUAUCAAAGAUGUUCUGCAAAAGAACAACAGCAGGUUUUGGAAGUUAUAGGGAAAGAGAUCGAAAUGAUGAGACAUUUGUCACAUCCGAAUGUUGUAAGAUUACACGGAACUACGAAGGAAAGCGGCUUGUACAAUGUGUUCUUUGAAUGGUGUGCUGGUGGAUCAGUCUCCACACUUCUCAGCAAGUUUGGUUCUUUCACAGAGUCUGUUAUUUCAAACUAUACACUACAAGUUCUUCGUGGGUUGGCAUAUCUCCAUGAAAAAUCCAUUGUGCACAGGGACAUCAAAGGGGCUAAUCUGUUAAUUGAUUGCACUGGGCAACGAUUGAGAAUAGGAGAUUUUGGCGCAUCCGCAAGACUAGCCACAAAGUGCACAGGUGCUGGUGAAUUUCAAGGACAGUUACUGGGUACCAUUGCUUUUAUGGCACCAGAGGUGCUGCGUGGUGAACACUAUGGAAGAAGCUGUGACAUUUGGGGUGCAGGAUGUGUCAUCACAGAAAUGGCAACUGGUAAACCGCCAUGGGAAGCCGAUCAACAUUCCAAUCAUUUAUCAUUGAUAUUCAAGAUUGCCAGUUCAUCCAGCAUACCAAUUAUUCCUGACCAUCUUUCACCAGCAUUACGUGAUUUAUGCAGAAGGUGUCUAGAAACUGACCCCAGCCUUCGGCCACCUGCAGAUGAUUUGCUGAAACAUCCAGUGUUUGUGAGGUGGUAAGAUUGUAUAUAAAACCUACACACAAGUCACCAUGUACAGUAUUCUGAGUGCACCUGCCAUUGACGAUUUGCCAACUGAAUGCAGAUUGCCAAUUUUAGUAUUUGGUACUGGCAAGAAAUUGUUUAUAUUUAUACUCCAUUGAACUUUUUUAUCUUUCAUUUCAUCAUUUAUUUUACUGUAUCAGUUCUGUGAAGUAUUGAACACCUUUAUAAAAGGCAGUUAUUGUUAGUUUUGUUUUUGGUAACAUUUUUAUUGUUAUCGCACUUUUUAUAACUGCUUUAAUCAGAUGUAAACCAAUAUCUUCAAAUCAUCAAACAGUAUUUGAACGAGUUGGAAAAGUAAUCAAGUCGACUGUGGGUUGAACUAUUUUAACUAACUAAAAAGUUUAUUUUUGUAGCAAGAAACACGAAAUGGCUGUAUUUUUUGCACUUGGCACUACACAUGAUAUUAGCAAUUGGAAAAAUAUUUUUUACUACCUUUUUCAAGUUUUAAUGUCAGCCCUUUUGGCUUUUUAAACUUUUUUAUUGCUCACCUAAAUCAUCAUAAGUUCUGUAAAUAUACUAUUUUCGUUAUUGAAUUAUAUUUGCCAUUGUCUGUCAGUCAUUCCCUUUCUACUCCAUUCCUUUCAUUUCGUUUUCUAUACAUUUUAUUGUCAAGAGUUGUUCAGUGGAAAAGUCCCAGGUGUGUUUUCUCAAUCUAUUUAAUGGUUAGAGUGUCUUUCACUGCUUCUUAUCAUGUCGGAACCAUAGAUUAUAUUUUCUCAGAGACAGAGCUGGAAUGUACAUAAAGUGAUUUGAGAUUAUUAUCAUUGAGCCUGUGUAUGUAAUUUCUUAAGUAUUUUUGUAUAGUUCUCAUGUUGCUGUACAUUCAUUCCUAUAAGCUUGAGUUUCCUGAGUUCUUGAACUUCACUGCACCUCUCAAUAAAAACGAAAAUUUUUAGUUUAUUUUCAGUCUUCAGGCCGAUUGCUUGGUUGAUCUUGUUCUAUUGCUUUAUAUCCAAGUUGCUUAUAAGUAAAUCUGUUGCGUUCUCUUCCUUUCCACUCUCAUAGUUUGUUGUAUUACCUGCCUGACUCAGUUUUUUGAUUGUGAGACCUUUUAUAUAUAGUAGCUGUAAGUUACCUGGUGUUCGUUAUUUUUAUCUUCAUUUUCCCAAAUUAUGUUCAUAACCAUUUCAAGCGGAAUGAAAUUCGAAAAAAAAUGUAAAAUGU